AUGGCGCCCAUCGCAGUCUCUCCUGAACCAGCAGUUUCGAUUUCCGCCACCCAGUCCCUCGCUUCCGUUACUACCGCAUACGACGAUACCCUCCGUUUCUACCUCAAUGGCACACGAGUCGUCCUCGACGACAUCGAUCCCGAAGUUACCCUUCUCGAAUACCUUCGUGGAAUAGGGCUGACGGGCACAAAGCUGGGCUGUGCUGAGGGCGGUUGUGGAGCAUGCACGGUCGUUGUAUCCCAAUACAACCCUACCACAAAGAAGAUAUAUCAUGCUAGCGUCAAUGCUUGCCUAGCACCGCUGGUCAGUGUAGAUGGGAAACAUGUCAUCACAAUUGAGGGCAUUGGCAAUGUUAAGAGGCCUCAUCCGACACAAGAGCGAAUUGCCAAAGGCAACGGCAGCCAGUGUGGCUUUUGCACACCAGGCAUAGUGAUGAGUUUGUACGCUCUGCUUAGAAACGAUACCAACCCAUCAGAGCACGAUAUAGAGGAAGCCUUUGAUGGAAAUCUCUGCAGAUGUACUGGCUAUCGCCCGAUUCUUGAUGCCGCUCAGACAUUCAGUGCUCAAAAGUCCUGUGGAAAAGCCGCGGCCGGUGGAUGUUGUAUGGUAAAUGGUGGGAGCAAGUCUGGGGGGUGUUGCAAGGACGCCGGCUUUAAAGAUGAUCAGCCUAUCAAGCGAUUUACGCCACCAGGAUUCAUUGAAUACAAUCCAGAUACGGAGUUAAUAUUUCCUCCUCCACUGAGGAAGCAUGAAUUCCGGCCUCUAGCGCUGGGAAACAAAAGGAAGAAAUGGUAUCGGCCAGUCACUCUACAACAGCUAUUGGAGAUUAAGAGUGUUUACCCGUCUGCCAAAAUUAUUGGCGGGAGUACGGAGACUCAGAUCGAGAUUAAGUUCAAAGCUAUGCAGUACACAGUUUCGGUGUUCGUUGGUGACAUUCCAGAACUACGCCAGUUCUCCUUCAAGAAAGAUCACUUAGAAAUUGGGGGGAACGUCACCCUGACCGACUUGGAAUCCAUCGCUCUCCAAGCAAUCGAACACUAUGGGCCGGUCAGAGGUCAGGUAUUUGCUGCGGUUCAUAAACAGCUCAAAUAUUUCGCAGGUCGUCAGAUAAGAAAUGUUGGCACACCCGCUGGAAACCUGGCGACUGCGUCCCCCAUCUCCGAUCUUAACCCAGUAUUCGUUGCUUCGGACGCUAUAUUAGUGGCUAAGUCAUUGGAUAAGGAGAUUGAAAUCCCCAUGUCCGAGUUUUUCAAAGGCUAUCGACUGACUGCUCUCCCACCCGAUGGCAUUAUUGCUCGUAUUCGGAUCCCCGUGACUAGUAGCAAGGGAGAGUUCUUCCAGGCCUACAAGCAGUCGAAACGGAAAGACGAUGACAUUGCUAUUGUCAACGCUGCGCUCCGAGUCUCUUUGAAUGCUUCAUGUGUGGUUAGCAGUGCUGACCUCAUCUACGGCGGGAUGGCGCCGACGACGAUAGCUGCUAAGAAAGCUGGAGCAUACCUCAUAGGCAAAAAGUUUACAGAUCCAUCAACCCUUGAGGGCACCAUGAAUGCUUUAGAAGCAGAUUUCGAUCUUAGAUUUGGUGUGCCAGGUGGUAUGGCCACUUAUAGAAAAUCACUAGCAUUGGGAUUUUUCUAUCGCUUUUACCACGAGGUCCUCUCCAAGCUGGAAGUCAACGAGGCAGAUGUGGAUGAAGAAGUUAUUGAUGAGAUCGAAAGAAUGAUUUCCACUGGGAAAGAAGACCAUGACUCUACCAUUGCCUACCAACAAAAUAUUCUAGGAAAGGCUAAUCCGCAUGUUGCGGCGCUUAAACAGACAUGUGGAGAGGCUCAAUAUACCGACGAUAUACCGGUUCAGAAGAACGAGCUGUACGGUUGUCUUGUACUCUCAACCAAAGCUCACGCCAAGAUUACUUCUGUCGACUACUCACCCGCCAUGGAUCUACCUGGCGUAGUUCAGUGGCUUGAUCACACGGAUAUGCCCUCGCCCGAGGCAAACCGGUGGGGAGCUCCUGUCUGCGAUGAGGUUUUUUUUGCCGUCAACGAAGUAUUCACUGCUGGGCAGCCUAUUGGUAUUAUACUAGCAGAUAGUGCUACACAUGCUACUGCGGGAGCAAGGGCUGUCAAGGUGGAUUAUGAGGAACUACCGACCAUUUUCACGAUAGAGGAGGCCAUUGAGCAGGAGAGUUUCUUUGAACAUCAUCGGUAUAUAAACAAUGGCGAUACGGAAACAGCAUUUAACAAUGCCGAUCAUGUAUUCACAGGUGUUACGAGAAUAGGCGGCCAAGAGCACUUUUAUCUUGAGACACAAGCCUGUGUUGCAAUUCCAAAGCCGGAAGAUGGUGAAAUGGAAAUUUUUGCCAGCACACAGAACCCAACCGAGACUCAAACAUAUGUUGCUCAGGUCUGCGACGUCGCUGCAAAUAAGGUGGUCUCUCGAGUCAAGCGUCUCGGGGGCGGCUUUGGUGGCAAAGAGACGCGGUCAAUCCAGCUCACUGGAAUAGUGGCACUAAGUGCAAAAAAGACUGGCCGUCCUGUUCGAUGCAUGCUAAAUCGCGAUGAAGAUAUGAUCACAUCUGGCCAGCGACAUCCUUUUCUUGCCCGCUGGAAAGUUGGUGUGAAUAAAGAUGGAAAAAUCCAAUCACUCGAUGCGGAUGUGUUCUGUAAUGCAGGUUGGACACAGGACCUGAGUGCUGCUGUCUGCGAUAGAGCCCUGUCCCACAUUGAUGGCUGUUAUAAAAUUCCAAACAUACAUGUUCGAGGACGAUUAUGCAGAACAAACACAAUGUCUAACACAGCUUUCCGGGGGUUUGGAGGACCCCAGGGUCUUUUUAUCGCCGAAUCUUACAUGGAAGAGAUAUCAGAUCGGCUCGGCAUUCCCGUGGAAAGACUGCGGGAGAUCAACUUCUACAAGCCAAAUGAGGAGACACAUUUCAACCAGAGCUUAAAGGACUGGCAUGUCCCGAUUAUGUAUAAGCAGGUACACGAAGAAACUUCAUAUACUAAGCGGCGCGACGCAGUUACAAAGUUCAACGACUCCCACAAAUGGAAGAAACGGGGUCUUUCAAUAAUUCCAACCAAAUUUGGCAUAUCAUUCACAGCUCUCUUCCUAAAUCAAGCUGGUGCUCUGGUACAUAUCUACCACGACGGAACGGUUCUUGUUGCCCACGGUGGCACGGAGAUGGGACAAGGCCUCCACACAAAGAUGACAAUGAUAGCCGCUGAAGCUCUAGGAGUGCCUCUUGAAGAUGUUCACAUCUCCGAGACAUCUACCAACACCGUUGCGAACACAUCAUCAACAGCUGCAUCGGCUUCUUCUGACUUAAACGGAUAUGCAAUCUUCAACGCAUGUGCUCAGAUCAACGAACGACUGGCACCAUACCGCGAGAGGCUGGGAAAAGAUGCCGCUAUGAAGAAACUUGCAAGUGCUGCAUAUUUCGACCGGAUAAAUCUCUCAGCAAACGGCUUCUACAAAACCCCCGAUAUUGGUUACGUAUGGGGUCCGAACACCGGACAAAUGUUCUUCUACUUUACUCAAGGCGUCGCAGCUGCCGAGGUCGAAGUAGAUACACUAACAGGUGACUGGACGUGCUUGCGAGCCGAUAUCAAGAUGGAUAUCGGCCGUUCGAUCAACCCCUCCAUAGAUUAUGGUCAGAUCGAGGGUGCUUUUGUGCAAGGCAUGGGCCUGUUCACAAUGGAAGAGAGCUUAUGGUUCCGCGGCGGCCCGAUGAAAGGUCAGCUCGCGACCCGCGGCCCUGGGGCAUACAAAAUCCCCGGCUUCCGCGACAUUCCACAGGAAUUCAACGUCUCCAUGCUGAAGGACGUGCAGUGGGAGAAUCUGCAGACGAUCCAAAGAAGUAGGGGUGUUGGAGAGCCACCUCUCUUCAUGGGCAGUGUGGUGUUCUUCGCCAUCCGUGACGCGUUGAAGGCGGCGAGGAAACAGUAUGGGGUCCAGGCUGAGCUGGGGAAGGAUGCAAAUGAUGAUGGGCUGUUGAGGUUGGAGAGUCCGGCUACCCCUGAGAGGAUUAGGACUUCAUGCGUGGAUCCUAUUAUUAGGAGGGCUUUUGUUAAGCCGAAGGAUGGGGAGAAGAGCUUCUUUAUUUCUAUUUGA